AGCCAAGUAUUUGUUUUGUCUUUGGACAAAAAUAUUUUCAAAUUCUCAAAAUUAUUUUGACUUUGGAGAGGUUUUUCUUAUUCAUCUCUCCCAGAUGUAUCAAUUCUCAUGAUUUAUAUAUAUAUAUACAGGGUCAUUUAAUUUCAAACUAAAUAGAAACAAAGUUUCUGUAUUUGUUUGACUAUAUGUAUAUAACUAUAUAUAUGUACUGGUGAUAUAUUCAAUAACUUUGCAGAAAUGGCAAAGCAAAGCUUUAUCUCCCUCGUUUUCUUUCUCCAUGCAGCACUACUAAUCUCAACUUGUUUUGGAAGCAAAUCUUGGCUUUCAAAAAGGCAAGUUGCCUUGUUCAUCUUUGGAGACUCUUACUUAGAUUCUGGCAACAACAACUACAUCAACACUACAACUCUCGACCAAGCAAAUUUCUUGCCGUACGGAGAAACCUACUUCAAGUUCCCAACGGGAAGAUUCUCCGACGGACGUUUGAUGUCAGACUUCAUUGCUGAGUACGCUCACCUGCCAUUUGUUCCACCCUUUCUUCAACCGGGAUUUCACCAAUAUUAUGGUGGUGCGAAUUUCGCAUCCGCCGGAGCUGGUGCUCUUGUUGAGACUUUUCAUGGCGAGGUCAUUGAUCUUAAGACACAACUGAAGUACUAUAAGAAGGUAGAGACCUGGUUCAGACACAAGUUAGGCAAUGUUGAAGCCAAAGUGACACUUUCAAGAGCCGUCUACUUGUUCAGCAUUGGAACCAACGAUUACAUAAGCCCUUUCCUAACCAAUUCUCCCAUGUUAAAGUCCUACCCUCGCUCACAAUACGUCGGAAUGGUCAUCGGCAACUUGACAAGCGUUAUCCAAGAAAUUUAUGCAGGAGGGGGUAGGAAAUUUGGGUUCAUCAACUUGCUGGACUCGGGUUGUCUUCCGGGGGUCAGAAUAAUCAAGCCUGAAAAUAAUGGUAGCUGCUUAAAAGAGGUUUCAUCACUUGCCAAAUUACAUAACCAAGCACUCUCAAAACUUCUCAUUCAACUUGGAAACCAGUUGGAGGGUUUCAAAUAUUCACUCUACGACUCGAACAGCAAUCUUAGACAGAGAAUCAGACAUCCCUCAAAAUAUGGUUUUAAAGAAGGGAAAACAGCAUGCUGCGGGACAGGUGAAUUUAGAGGAGUGUUUAGCUGUGGAGGGAAAAGAAUAGUGAAUGAGUUUGAAUUGUGUGAAAAUCCAAAUGAAUAUGUGUUUUGGGACUCAUUGCAUCUCACUGAAAAGGUCUACAAGCAAUUUGCUAAUGAAAUGUGGGGUGGCCAGCCAUGGAACUCCAAGGCCACAAAAGGUCUAAACAAUCUCAAGAGUCUGUUCCAAGACUUGUAAGUCUUUUGCAUCAAAUGUAACACGCAGCCCAAAUUGGACAUUAAAUUGAUUUAAACAUGUGUCUUUGAAACUUUAAUAUUUUAAUUCUUUGGUUACUUUUAAAUAAA